GCCCAAGAUGGCCGACUUCGAGGAUCGGGUGUCGGAUGAGGAGAAGGUACGCAUAGCUGCUAAAUUUAUCACUCAUGCACCCCCAGGAGAAUUUAAUGAAGUAUUCAAUCAUGUCCAACUACUACUUAAUAAUGACAAUCUCCUCAGGGAAGGGGCAGCACAUGCAUUUGCCCAGUAUAACAUGGAUCAGUUCAUGCCUGUGAAGAUAGAAGGAUAUGAAGAUCAGGUCUUAAUUACAGAGCACGGUGACCUGGGUAAUAGCAGAUUUUUAGAUCCAAGAAACAAAAUUUCCUUUAAGUUUGAUCACUUAUGGAAAGAAGCAAGUGAUCCCCAGCCAGAGGAAGUAGAUGGAGGCUUGAAGUCUUGGAGAGAAUCCUGUGACAGUGCGUUAAGGGCCUAUGUGAAAGAUCAUUAUUCCAACAGCUCCUGUACUGUGUAUGCUAAAACUAUAGAUGGGCAGCAGACUAUUAUUGCAUGUAUUGAAAGCCACCAAUUUCAGCCUAAAAACUUCUGGAAUGGUCGUUGGAGAUCAGAGUGGAAAUUCACCAUCACACCACCUACAGCCCAAGUGGUUGGAGUGCUUAAGAUUCAGGUUCACUAUUACGAAGACGGCAAUGUUCAGUUGGUUAGUCAUAAAGAUGUGCAAGACUCAAUAACGGUGUCAAAUGAAAUACAAACUGCCAAGGAGUUUAUUAAAAUCAUAGAGAAUGCAGAAAAUGAAUAUCAGACAGCAAUUAGUGAAAACUAUCAAACCAUGUCAGACACCACAUUCAAGGCCUUGCUCCGGCAGCUUCCAGUUACCCGCACCAAAAUCGACUGGAACAAGAUACUCAGCUACAAGAUUGGCAAAGAAAUGCAGAAUGCUUAAAGGCUGACUGUAGAUUCUUCAGUAUGUGGAACAAAAAGGAUUCAACGUGUGGUCAUAUGAUAAAUAAGUGGUUUAUAAACAAGAGUGAUAUUUUGCUAGGGCUUUCAAAGUUAACAGUUUUUGAAGUACUGUUGAACCUACAGCAUUGUCUUAAUUUCUUUUGUGUUCUC